UUCAGAAAAAGAUGAAUCAUUUCAACUGGAUAUUGAACUGAUUCGUCCAAAAUUAGAAAGAGUGCCAACCCUUUUUAUUUUUGGUCAGAAUUGCCAUUCAAAAGCUUUAUUUGUUAAUGCGUUACUUGGACAAGCUAUUUUGCCACUGUUCAGUUCACAGUGGAGAUGGGUGACGUUUGAGUUUGGCCUCUCAAAGGCCAUACGCUUAACUUUAAAUCAAGAAAUCGAGAUAGUGGAAAAACUCCAGGCUCAUGAAAAAUCAUGGAUUACGAUACCCGAAGCAGAUCUACAACGGAGCGAUAACGAUCCGCUGGUGGAUAAUUGUACUUGUCUGGAAGUCGAACUAUCACAUCCAAUUCUAAAGGAAAACGUUAAUAUCAUGGUACCACCUGACUGUUCAAUCACGCAUUUGAUUGAAGUUUUUUAUAAAUAUAUGGGUAAUGUUUUGCCGAUCGUUAUUUACGCUAUUUCAGAUGGAAUUUUAAGUGACGCGAACAUUCAAGAGAUUAAAAAACUAAAAAACUAUAUACAGAGUCCCAUUUUUAUUUGUUAAUUUGAUAACUAAUGAAACUUUGAGUACAGAGUCUCUCACUGAAUCGGAACAACAUUUAGUUGAGUCAGAAAACGAGCAAGAAUAUACAAAUUUACAGAAUCUACGUGAUCAAUUAGUAAGACUGGGGUUUAUAGAUUUUACUGAUAAUUCAAAGACUGAUAUUACGAAAGCCAAAAAGAAUGCUUUAUGCCUUGAAUGCUCUUUAGAUACUUUGAUAGGUGAUAAAAAUAUUAAUGAAGACUUCCUGGAACACAUUCGCAACGUACUCAAAUUUACGAUAUUUCGGUUAGCUGCCCGGAUGAGUGAUAUACAUACCAAAUGUUUACGACAGUUCAUUCUGCGAGCAUUUGAUAUGGCACGCGAAAUUCAAAUAACUCCCAAACGCAUUGAGUAUGCCCAAAAGAUUGAGCUGCAACUGUACGACGCUCUAAUGAAUCUAGCAUGUGAGCAACAAGAACAGCUAACAGCUAUCAUAAACAGGACGCUUUUGGAUAUGAAAUCUAACGUCGCAGAAGUGCUAGAAGGUUUUAACAAUCCAAACAUUGGCCAUCAGCGUACCUCCAAAACAGCGACAAUGGAGAUCCAACAACUUGUACUAAAGAGGUUAAAUACCUCAGUGGCCACUCAAAUUGUUCAGUCAGUAGGUUGUUUGCAAGAAAGCUUUACUGGAACUCUCCAAAGGUGUCUAGAAAAUCUAGAAAAAAGCUGUCACGAACAAGAACACAACCUUUCUGCUUCUGAUGCAGUUCGACAAAUCGUUAGUGCCGCCUACAACAUAGAUUUGAAUCAUUCUUCGUCGUUUUCGAUUGUAUCUACAUUAAUGGAUCGAUUGAGGCAACUUCUCUCGUCAUUUGCGCUUCCGUGGUCUUCGUCUUCACAGGUCCAGUGCAACUUUCAGUGGCAACUGCAGGUUGCUACGAAUAUGAUAGAAAAACUGAGUGCUUCCAAGUUGGCUAAAACCAUAGGCGUGCAAUGCAAAGAACACAUAAAAUCGUCCCACGAGUCCUUCCUGUCAGCCAUUCGUUCGUUAGACCAUCAGCUUUCUGACCAAUUAGAACAAACUGAAGAACAAAGAAUAGCUAUACGUAAGAAGCAUGCUCCAAAGUUUGCGAGGUUAGCUCUAGAAAGUACAUCUUUGUGUGAUUUGAUUAGAUAUGGUAUGCCUAAGCAGAUUAAGGAGAUAGGCAGGGGACAAUACGGUGUUGUAUCAUCGUGUGAACCUUGGGCUGGGAUCAAUCCGUGUGCAUUUAAGUCUGUUGUGCCGCCAGAUGAUAGACAUUGGAAUGAUCUGGCUAUGGAAUUCUUUUACACUAGGACGAUUCCAGGACAUCCAAGGAUAGUGAAACUACGUGGGUCUGUGAUAGAUUAUACGUAUGGAGGAGGUAGCUCACCGGCUGUGUUAUUAAUAAUGGAACGGAUGACGAGAGAUCUAUAUUGUGGACUACUUAGUGGACUUACAUGGCUUGCACGACUUAGAAUUGCUAUUGACGUUAUCGAAGGAAUUCGAUACCUUCAUUCACAGGGUUUGGUUCACCGAGACAUCAAAUUGAAAAACGUUCUUUUGGAUUCAAAAGAUAGAGCGAAACUAACAGACUUUGGAUUUUGUAUACCAGAGGCAAUGAUGUCUGGAAGUAUAGUUGGCACUCCUGUUCACAUGGCUCCAGAAUUAUUAAGUGGACGGUAUGACUCCAAAGUAGACGUAUACGCAUUUGGAAUACUCUUUUGGUACAUUUGUGCCGGACAAGUUAAACUUCCGACACAUUUUGAUCAAUUUCAGAACAAGGAACAAUUGUGGAACAGUGUUCGAAGAGGAAUUCGACCUGAAUUUUUGCCGAAUUUUGAGGAGGAAUGCUGGAGCCUCAUGGAACAGUGCUGGGCUGCAGAUCCCGCAGACAGACCUUUGUUAGGUUACGUACAACCCCAACUCGAAGCUAUUUACAAUAGUGUAAAGGGAAAAUGCCAUUCACAAUCUCCGAGUAGUACUAGUCCAACCUAAAUUUCGAACAAACAAAAUUAGCUGAUUUUAAUUUACCUUUUUACAUAUCUAUUCAGUAGAUGAGCUUUUUACAGAAUUAUCUAUUUUAUGAACUGUUCUCACUGUUACGUUUUAAAAUUUCGUAAUUGUUAUUAACUGUUUUCUACGUACCAUUAAAUUUUAUAGGUAUAACUACGGCGUUAUUUGUAUCAGUGAUUAUGAAGGAGUGUAGGCUUUCACGGCUAGUGAUUUGUAAAGGAACACUGUUAUCGGAGUUUGUAUGCUGUAUUUGAUCUGAUUAAUCAAUGGUUGAGGCGAAUGAUACGAGUUUACAUCUGUAUAUAAACCUCGAUAAUGAUGUACCUAUCUGUGAGAUUGCUUCGAAUUAAUUAACAAUUUUUGUAUACUUAUUUAAUUAUAGUCAUUAUUAAAUUAUGAUAACUGUCCUUAAAUGAAAUAAUUGUUAACGAUAUUUAAAUAAAUAAAAUUAUUUUAC